AUGUCUAAGGCUGUCGGUAUCGAUUUGGGUACUACUUACUCAUGUGUUGCUCACUUCUCCAACGAUCGUGUGGAAAUUAUUGCCAACGAUCAAGGUAACAGAACCACCCCUUCUUUCGUUGCCUUCACUGACACUGAAAGAUUGAUUGGUGAUGCUGCCAAGAACCAGGCUGCUAUGAACCCAAGCAACACCGUCUUCGACGCUAAGCGUUUGAUCGGUAGAAACUUCAGCGACCCUGAAGUUCAAGGUGACAUGAAGCACUUCCCAUUCAAGAUCAUUGAUGUUGACGGUAAGCCACAAAUCCAAGUUGAAUACAAGGGUGAAACCAAGGACUUCACUCCAGAACAAAUAUCUUCUAUGGUCUUGGGUAAGAUGAAGGAAACCGCUGAGUCCUACCUUGGUGCUAAGGUCAAUGAUGCUGUCGUCACUGUCCCAGCUUACUUCAACGACUCUCAAAGACAAGCUACUAAGGAUGCUGGUACUAUCGCUGGUUUGAACGUUCUUCGUAUCAUUAACGAACCAACUGCCGCUGCUAUUGCCUACGGUUUAGACAAGAAGGGCGGUGAAGAAAACGUCUUGAUUUUCGAUCUUGGUGGUGGUACUUUUGAUGUUUCUCUUUUGACCAUCGAAGAUGGUAUUUUCGAAGUCAAGGCUACUGCAGGUGACACUCACUUGGGUGGUGAAGAUUUCGACAACAGAUUGGUCACCCACUUGGCCAACGAAUUCAAGAGAAAGAACAAGAAAGACUUGACCACUAACCAAAGAGCUUUGAGAAGAUUGAGAACUGCUUGUGAAAGAGCAAAGAGAACCUUGUCCUCUUCCGCUCAAACUUCUGUUGAAAUCGACUCCUUGUUCGAAGGUAUCGACUUCUACACUUCCAUCACCAGAGCUAGAUUCGAAGAAUUGUGCGCUGACUUGUUCAGAUCUACCUUGGACCCUGUUGAAAAGGUCUUGAGAGACUCCAAGUUGGACAAGUCUCAAGUUCAUGAAAUUGUCUUGGUUGGUGGUUCCACCAGAAUUCCAAAGGUUCAAAAAUUGGUUACUGACUUCUUCAACGGUAAGGAACCAAACAGAUCUAUCAACCCAGAUGAAGCUGUUGCCUAUGGUGCCGCUGUUCAAGCUGCUAUUUUGACCGGUGACCAAUCUUCCAAGACCCAAGAUUUGUUGUUGUUGGAUGUUGCCCCUCUAUCUCUAGGUAUUGAGACCGCUGGUGGUGUCAUGACUAAGUUGAUUCCAAGAAACUCUACCAUUCCAACCAAGAAGUCCGAGACUUUCUCUACUUACGCUGAUAACCAGCCAGGUGUCUUGAUUCAAGUCUUCGAAGGUGAAAGAGCUAAGACCAAGGACAACAACUUGUUGGGUAAGUUCGAGUUGAGUGGUAUUCCACCAGCUCCAAGAGGUGUCCCACAAAUCGAAGUCACUUUCGAUAUAGACUCUAACGGUAUCUUGAACGUCUCUGCUGUUGAAAAGGGUACUGGUAAGUCUAACAAGAUCACCAUCACCAACGACAAGGGUAGACUAUCCAAGGAGGAUAUCGAAAGAAUGGUUGCUGAAGCCGAAAAGUUCAAGGAAGAAGAUGAAAAGGAAUCUGCCAGAAUUGCUUCUAAGAAUCAAUUGGAAUCCAUUGCUUACUCUUUGAAGAGCUCUGUCUCUGAGGCUGGUGACAAGUUGGAAGAAGCCGACAAGGAAACUGUCUCCAAGAAAGCCGAAGAGACAAUUGCAUGGUUGGACAGCAACACCACUGCCACCAAAGAAGAAUUCGAUGACAAAUUGAAGGAAUUGCAAGAAAUCGCUAACCCAAUCAUGACCAAAUUGUACCAAGCUGGUGGUGCUCCAGGUGGCGCUGCCCCAGGUGGUUUCCCAGGUGGUGCUCCUCCAGCUCCAGAAGCUGAGGGCCCAACUGUCGAAGAAGUUGAUUGA